CCAACACCUACUUAAACCUCCCAUAUACAUCUCUCCCUCCCCAUCCAUCUCCCUUCACCUCCACCGAGAGCAAACCCACCCCAACCAUACCAUGACUCCCAACUACUAAGACACUACACUCCUCCAAAAUGUACCUCCCACUCCUCUACCUGGGCGCUCUCGCCCAAACCGCCCUCUCCCUCACCCCCCCAAACUACAUCUACCCGAACAGCACCGGGCUCCGACUCCAACACGGGUUCGAAACCCUCCUGAUCCAACCCUUCGGGUACGACGGCUUCCGGGUCCGGGCGUGGCCAUUCCGACCCCCGUCAGGCAACGAAAUCAGCUUCAUCUACGACCCCCCGCUCGAGGGCUACGAGACCACGGCGCACGGCACGAGCUACUCGACCGCGACCACGGGGACGACGCCGCAAACGCUCCGAAACGGGAACAUGAUCCUGCGCACGACAGGCUGGGGCGGGGAAGUAGGCGGCUACCGGCUGUCCUUCUCCAGAAUCAACGACGACGGCAGCGAGACGCUGCUCACGAACGAAUACGCGCCGCUCAAGUCGCUCAACCCGCGCUCCUACCAAUGGCCCGGCCCCGGGGCCGAAUUCACCGCCGAGUUCUCCUUCAGCGCCACGCCCGACGAGCAGAUCUACGGCACGGGCACGCAGCAAGACCACAUGGUCAACAAGAAGGGGUCCGUCAUCGACCUCAUCAACUUCAACACCCACAUCCCCACGCCCGUGUUCGUCAGCAGCAAAGGCUACGCCUUCAUCUGGAACAUGCCGUCCGAAGGCCGGAUGGAGUUCGGUCCCCUCCGCACCCGAUUCACCGCCGCAACCACCACCCUGGUCGACUACGUGAUCAUCGCCGCCCAGGACGGCGACUACGACACCCUGCAGCGUCGCAUCUCCGCCGUCACCGGCCGCGCCCCCACCCCUCCCGACUUCGCCCUGGGGUACAUCCAGUCCAAGCUGCGGUACGAGAACCAGACGGAGGUGGAGCUUCUCGCGCGGGCGUUCCACGACAGGGACAUCCCCGUCGCCAUGAUCGUCAUCGACUACCAGUCGUGGGCGCACCAGGGCGACUGGGCGCUCGAUCCGCGGCUGUGGCCCGACGUGUCCGCCAUGUCGGCCACGGUGAAGAACCUCACCGGCGCGGAGAUGAUGGCGUCGCUGUGGCCCAGCGUCGCUGACAACAGUGUCAACUAUGCCGCGCUGCAGGCCCAUGGGCUGUUGUCUGCGACGCGCGACGGGCCCGGCACCACGGACUCCUGGAACGGGUCGUAUAUCCGCAACUACGACUCGACGAACCCGGCGGCGCGGGUGUUCCUGUGGCGCAUGCUGAAGGAGAACUACUACGAUCACGGGAUCAAGAACUUCUGGAUCGAUCAGGCGGAUGGCGGGGCGUUGGGCGAGGCGUACGAGAAUAACGGGCAGAGUGCGUAUAUCGAGUCGGUGCCGUUUGCGCUGCCCAAUGUGUUGUAUGCGGCCGGCACGCAGUUGAGUGUCGGGAAGCUGUAUCCGUGGGCGCAUCAGCAGGCGAUCGAGGAGGGGUUUCGCAAUGCGACCGGGUCGCAGGAGGGGAGUGCCUGCCCGCAGGUCUCGCUCAGCCGGUCCGGGUUCAUCGGGUCGCAGCGGUUCUGCAGUAUGAUCUGGUCGGGGGACACGACGUCCGUGUGGGAGACGCUGGCGGUGCAGGUGGCCAGUGGGCUGUCGGCGGCGGCGACGGGCUGGGGGUGGUGGACGGUGGAUGCGGGCGGGUUCGAGGCCGAUCCGACGGUGUGGUGGAGUGGGAAUAUCGAUACCGAGCAGUUUCGUCAGCUGUACGUGCGGUGGUUGCAGUGGACGACGUUUCUCCCCUUCAUGCGCACGCAUGGCAGUCGCGCGUGCUACUUCCAGGACGCGUAUACCUGUGCCAAUGAGCCGUGGUCGUAUGGGGCGGAGAAUACCCCCAUCAUCGUGUCGUACAUCCAUCUGCGGUACCAGCUGGGGAGCUAUCUGAAAGCCCUGUUCAACCAGUUCCAUUUGACGGGCAGGAGCAUUAUGAGGCCGUUGUAUAUGGAUUUCGGCAAGACGGACCCCAGGAUCAAGACGCUGACGGCGACGAAUUCGAACUUCACCACGCAGCAGUACCUGUUUGGGCCCAGGUUGCUGGUCUCCCCGGUCACCCUGCCGAAUGUGACCGAGUGGCCGGUCUAUCUGCCCCUGACCGCGGAGGGGAAUGCCACCAAGCCGUGGACGUACUGGUGGACCAAUGUCACCUACGCCGGCGGCCAGGUGGUCAAGGUGCCUGCGCCGGUGGAGCAUAUCCCGGUGUUUCAUCUGGGGUCCAGGGAGGAAUUAUUGUCUGGCGAUGUUUUCUAGAUAGUAUAGAUCGAGUAUCUCGCAUGAAG